AUGAGCACUCCAAAUAAAAUCCUUAAGUUUCUCAAAGGUGCAUUUACAAGAAAGAACGACGAGGAUGUUCCAGAAACACUUACAAAUCCAAUAGACAGCUCUCCCAAAUGGUCAGACGGCAAGGAGGCCAUCUGUAUCAAGAAGAGCGAGUACGAUUCACUUCAGAUGGAGAUAUUCAACCAGACCGAAAUAAUAAAAAAGCUAAAAAGAAUGAAUGAGGAAAGUCAAUCAGUGAUAAACGAUUACGAAAACACAUUUGAGGCAUUAUCCCUUGCUAGUAAUCUGAGUAGAGAUUGUAGCAAAGGCACUACGACAAAAAAUGCCAUUGUUGAGCUGGAAAAACUAAGAAGUAAUGAACAAAGAUUAAAAUCACACAUCCAAGCAUUGAAAAGAGACUUGCUCCUCUGUGAGGAGAAGGCGGAGAAUGAAAUAAUCCAUAAAGAGCAGAUAGUGGACAGCUUGAAGAAUGAAAUUGAAGAACUAAAUUUCCAAAUAAAGCGCAAGAAUUCCAAAAUUCAGGAACUGAAUUAUGCUAUUUCAGAAAUGAAAGUAGAGCUUGAAAAGAAGAAUGAAUAUUUGAUAGAGCUGAGUGUUAUUUGCCGAGAAUUAUUAAGAGAGUAUCAUUAG